AGAACUCGCAAAUCUCUACUUCGUUCCCAUGGUAGAAGGAUUUGAACGAGCAGCCAUAUCGACACAUGGCAAAGUCCAAAUCAGUCCAGAAGACUAUCUGGUCAUGCAGGUAGAAGGGCAGGGUCUUGAUGCUGGCCAACGUGUGGUAGAACUCACCAGUCCUCUUGCAAUGGCUGGGAUAUCCAUAUUCUUCAUAUCAACGUAUUUCUCUGACUAUAUUAUUGUUCCCAAACACUCGAAACAACAAGUCACAGAGACCUUCGUUGAGAGAGGAUUUAACGUCGAAGAAGGGCCAGUAGAUCCUGAUAGUAGACGUGGUUCAUCCCCAAAUAUCCACCUCCCCAACUCCAGGCCAGAUACUCCACCUCCAUGCAGCGUAUCAGAGCUUCAGUUACGGGCCUUUAAAACGCUCCAGCAACACAAAGUUCGACCGCAGGCUGAUCGAUCCCUGCGUCUGGUUCAGUGUGCGGCACAUUAUAGGGAAUACACAGGGACAAAGUCUUACUCGAUUCUCCGUCCUAACUUGAUAUCCGCCCUCCUUAACGACAACCCGCAAUUUUUCUCCCUGACAAUAGCAGCCACAGAUCCCGCACCGUCGCUGCUCCUGGAAGAGCGGCUGUUGCCUCGAUUCUCUCUUCCGAGUGACCCGGAUAGAGAGCCGUCGUCACCCGUGGAGGAAGACACAAAUCUAUUGCUAGGUUCGAAGGAUGAAAUCCUCAUUGCCAUCACUCUCGACUUGCGUGAGCUGCCCCUUGAAGCUGCUGGUAUUGUUUCGGGUGUAGCAAGCGCACUGGUUGCAGGUACACGCCGGGAAGGAAACGGUAGCAACAAAGACGUAGAAACCAGUUUCCUUAGUACAUCCCGUGCUGGGAAUGUUAUCGUCCGUGAAGAAGAACUUGAGUUAGCAAUGGAGUGUUUGGAGUCGGAAUUUUAA